ACCGAAUAUUCCCUCUCCCUCAAUGGAAAACGACGUCAAGGAGAACCUUGAAGAAGAAGAAGAAGCUAACCGUCUUCUUCCUCCUCCUCCUCAUCCUCAAUCUCUCCCUUCCUCCGAUUCCGAAUCCGAAGCCGCUUUCGAAUCAAACGAAAAGAUCCUAAUCGUCGAUUUCGAAUCUCCCGACGAUCCAACAACCGGAGACUCACCACCGCCAUUCUCGUGGCGGAAACUAUGGUUAUUCACCGGUCCAGGUUUCUUAAUGAGUAUAGCGUUUUUGGAUCCAGGGAAUUUAGAAGGAGAUCUACAAGCUGGUGCAAUCGCUGGUUAUUCUCUGUUAUGGUUAUUGAUGUGGGCAACAGCUAUGGGAUUGUUGAUUCAGAUGUUAUCAGCUAGAGUUGGUGUUGCUACUGGUCGUCAUUUAGCUGAGCUUUGUCGUGAUGAAUAUCCGACUUGGGCUAGGUAUGUGCUUUGGUCUAUGGCGGAACUUGCUUUGAUUGGUGCUGAUAUUCAAGAGGUUAUUGGUAGUGCUAUUGCUAUUCAGAUUCUUAGCCGUGGUGUCUUGCCUCUUUGGGCUGGUGUUGUUAUUACGGCUUCGGAUUGUUUUUUAUUUUUGUUUCUAGAGAAUUACGGUGUGAGGAAGUUAGAAGCUGUUUUUGCAGUUUUGAUCGCGACAAUGGGUUUAUCCUUUGCUUGGAUGUUUGGUGAAACCAAGCCGAGUGGGAAAGAACUUAUGAUAGGUAUUUUACUACCGAGACUUAGCUCGAAGACAAUUAGGCAAGCAGUAGGUGUUGUUGGCUGUGUCAUAAUGCCUCACAAUGUGUUUUUGCAUUCGGCUCUUGUACAAUCGAGGAAAAUCGAUCCAAAGAGGAAAUCACGGGUUCAAGAGGCGCUUAAUUACUAUUUGAUCGAGUCAUCCGUCGCCCUUUUCAUCUCCUUCAUGAUUAACUUGUUUGUGACUACUGUCUUUGCAAAGGGGUUUUACGGAACUGAGAAAGCUAAUAACAUUGGCCUAGUUAAUGCGGGUCAGUAUCUUCAAGAAAAGUUUGGAGGUGGGCUUCUUCCAAUUCUUUAUAUCUGGGGAAUUGGGUUGUUAGCAGCCGGGCAGAGCAGUACAAUAACUGGUACAUAUGCUGGACAGUUUAUAAUGGGCGGUUUUCUGAACCUCCGGCUUAAGAAAUGGAUGAGGGCAGUAAUAACAAGAAGCUGUGCUAUUGUGCCAACCAUGAUUGUGGCAAUCGUAUUCAACACUUCUGAAGCUUCCUUGGAUGUUUUGAAUGAAUGGCUCAAUGUGCUUCAGUCUGUACAAAUUCCUUUUGCUCUUCUGCCUCUUCUAACCUUGGUAUCCAAAGAAGAAAUUAUGGGAGACUUCAAGAUUGGGCCUAUUCUCCAGAGAAUAGCUUGGACUGUGGCUGCCCUUGUAAUGAUCAUCAAUGGGUAUCUUCUGCUGGAUUUCUUUGUAUCAGAAGUUGACGGGUUUAUGUUUGGAGUUACGGUCUGCGUCUGGACAACUGCUUAUAUCGCCUUUAUAGUCUACCUCAUUUCACACAGCAACUUUUUUCCUUCUCCUUGGUCUUCCUCUUCCAUAGAACUUCCCAAAAGAGUGUCCGUCUCCGAUAGCUAGCUGCACAAAAAUAACUGCCCUCAGGCCUUGUUACAUGUCAAGAAGAUACGGUAAACAACUUCAUCCUCUAUAGUCUAUACAUAUUGGAAACACCAAAGCGGUGAUAAAGAGUUAUUUAGCAU